CUCUCUCACUGCAGCUGUGCAUGCGACCGUCUGCAUGUAUGUAUGUAUGUAUGUAUGUAUGUGUUGAUGCAUGCGAGCGUUCUUCAUACAGCGCUCCGUGAAUUCACAGCAUCACCGAAGGAUUCAGCGCAUCUGUUGCCGUGGUGAUGGGCUGCAGACUGUCACGGCCGUGGAUGAGCGACAGCAUUGGGGUUCGCGGUCGGGAUUUGACACACCUGCAGAACCAAGAGGCCUUUCGUAUCCUGGCCAGCUAUGAGCAGCCAAUCACACUUCAGAUUGAGGGGCGGAGGGGGCGGAGCUUGCAGUAUAACAGGACGACGGACUGCAGCACUCAGACAGAGCGAUCAUCGGACCCCCUCUGUGCGCACUCGUGUACCCUACCACACCUGCCUCACGCCGACAGGAUGUACUACAAUCACAUGACCCUGCCCAGUAACCAUAGAGAUGGAAGCAGGUACGAAUACCUGCCGAACACGCCCAGAGACCUGGAGCACAGAGAACGCCUGUCCUACAAUGACCCCGAGUUCUCGAGUGGCGUUUCUCAGGGACAAAACUGUCUGAUUGGCUGCUGCAGCACGAAUCUAGAUGAACCCAGAAGCUUCCAGAGUCAGACUGAUGACGAUGACAACAUGAUGGAGAAAACUGUCGGUUACUUGCCCCUCCACCACGAGCUGGACAGUGGUCUCGGCUGGACAGAUGGCAGCUUCCACCAGGGCGAACUGUCAGGGGUGGAGACGGAGGAGGGGCUUGAGGAAUGCCACGGCCACGUAGGGGGAGGGUCGCCUUCAUCGGAAUCCUUCAUCUCGUCGGAACUGAGCGACUCGGGAUUUUACAGCGUCAGCACUAGCGAGUUUCUGCGUUUCCAGCGACUGCUAGAGAAACGCAUGCGCCAUUACAACGCUCGCAUGCACCACCAGGGGGAGCCGUGUUCCCGUGAGCGGCGAGACAGCCAGAUAAAACACCGCGAGCUUGAGGCCAUCCCUGAGGCACUGACGGUGCAGCCUCAAAACGUCUGCGGACCCGCUGUUCGGGGGUCACGAGGUUUAUCCCGAGUGUCGUCUGUGCAGUACCGUAAAGAGGAGCGACCAUGUUUGAACAGACACAGCUCAAGCAGCAGCUCACUGUUCAAUCCCGCGGUACACUCGACGUGCAGUACCCCAUCUGGCCAGCGGAGGCCACCGCCACAUCCUAGCUCCGCAGGAAUGCUGAGAAGAAGCAGGACAUUGCAUCACCGCCCGGCGCCCAUAGAGCACCGCAGGCGGGCAAGUCACCCGGCAUCGCCCAACUACUGCAGCGCAACACUGCAUCACUGCGGCCACAGAAUCGACCUGCCGAUGGAGCUAUCUGAAGAACCGGACGUCACCAUGAUGCACAGUAUGGGCCACCUGGCACACCCUGCUCAUGCCUCACAGACUGCACAUGCAAUGAGUCAGCCGUCAUUGAUAUCUCCAGUUGACAACCAUCACUGCGUUCUGCCUCCAAAUCUCCAAGACAACAACAGGAUCCGAGCAUCAACCGAAUCCCAGCUACAGCAGAACUUUGUGACCGAGCAGCCGCCCAGCCAACAACGAGACGGGCGAUUCCACACCUUGAGUCACACGCCCAGUCAGGACGCCAACGUUACCUGGCCUAAACCCGCCAACCGCCUGGGCGCGGGGGGCGGAGGCGGUCUCUACAGCACACUAGAAGGCCACAUGCCCACUGCAGCCACCCGGAAAACGGCCAGCGGAAAUCUGCGGGCAGUUCGAAACCAGAUGUUACGGGAUCGAGCUUCCCGACUGGCGGACGAACGUAGCGGCAUGAGUACGGACGAGGAAAGCCACACAGACAUCCGAAUGGGUCGAUAUUGGAGUCGCACUGAACGUCGCGAACAUAUGCUGCAGAAACAGCGACAGCAUCAGGCCAGAGGCGGCGUAGCUGCUACAGGAUUGGCGCAUGGGGGCGGGGUCAUGGGAGGAACAAACAUAGAUAACAGCUAUUGUACAGUUCUCGAGCUGAGCCAGCGAAAACUAAGUCGUCUGAGGAACCGAAAGGUGCUUGACGACUGGACCACCGUAGAGGAACUCCUGACCCAUGGAACUCGGCUCGGUGCAAGCGAAGACGCCCUACAGCUGCCCACGUCUUUACUCACCGUCACAACUGUAUAGCAACAGUCGCCAAGUGUGUGUUUAGAUGUGUGUGUGUUUGUGUGUGUUGGAUCUGCCCGCACUACACAAAGCUACCUCCUGAAAUUGAGGUUUACUGUAGAUACAAAUGUUUCCACGGUAGUAAAUUGAUUUGUAAGUGUUAUAUUUCCAGUAUCUUGUUUUGCAUUGUGUUGUAAAGAGACGUUUUAUUACAGAGCGAAAUUACCAGUUUGAUUCGACCGCAUGAAGCAAUACAACAUACAGUAGACGCCGAUACCAGACAAACCGAAUUUCAUUUGGUGCAAUCGUAUUUUCUUGGAAAAAUAAAGAACGAAAAUUUACGUUAUGGAUAAUUUAAGGUGGUGCUAACAGUGAGAUUUCAUUUUAUUUGCAACUAGCCAAUACACGCCAUCCAGAUUACGUCGCUUUUGCACAAAUAUGAAAUUCCGCCACCUGAGUGAAUUUUAUGUAGUGUAGCCAGCCCCUCGUUUCAAUCACGAAUCUGAUUCUUUUGGAAUAAUAUCGAAUAAUCUAACGACUGACUGUGAGUUACUAUAUGCAGUCAGGGCCGGUGAUCAGGUGUGCCGAGUUACGAUAGAGAUCGAGCAGUGGAAUGUGAGUGUAUGUUGUGAGUUUUGCGGGUUCUUGCACUAUAACUGUAGUUCUGUAGAUUAUUUUUAAAACUAUUUUUCUUGUGCUCUUCACAAUUUAUGUCACAAAAAGAAACAAAUAACUUUUUAUAGACUAAAAGAAUCAUAUUGAAAAAAGUGUUAACUUACCACAAAAGUGUUAACUUGGUGUUAACAGCGGUAAAACAAUUUGUCGAGCUUGACGAUGCACUGAACUGUUCGUUUUGGUUCUAACCUGCAAACUUUUUCAAUAUUUUCAGUGCAUCAGGGGGCUUCAUUCAUGACACGAGCAGAAUUAAUUUAUGUGUAUAUCGUUUUGGAACCAUUCGUAUGUAUAUUUGAUGCAAUAAUUUAAGUAAGAUUUGCGUUAAUCAUUGCAUGAUGCGACAGCUUAAUAGGAAUUGAUUUAAGAACGAUUUACACAAAUCAUUUGAUUUACGUAAAAAUAAAAUUAUAUAAAUGAUUUUUACACAGAAAAUGUUGCAAUAAAUAAUUAUCGCAAGAAUGGUUUUACAAAUAAUGUCCACAUAAAUCACAGCACGAUUCGUCAAUUUACUAACGAACGGUUUUAUGAACGAUGCACACAACAAUUGUCGCACAACGCGACAACCCUGCCCAGAUUGCGCACAUACGUCACUGAGAAGUCUGGUUUAGACCCAGAUAGCACACAUGUAUCCUCGAGAUGUCUAUUUUAGAUCUUUUGAUCUGGAGAGCAUCAUAAUCUGCUAAACAUCUUAAAAAGAUCAGAUUUACAAACAGUCUACAUCAUAAAUGUCUCAAAGACAUCUACUGAACGUCUUAUUGACAUCCGAGAAGAAACGUCUUAUAGACGUAUUGCAGAUGAGCAAACAACGUAAAAAAAUACGUCUUCCAGGCGUCUAUAUGAUGUGUGUGUUUACAUCUUGAAGUUUCCUCAUCUGCAAUUCGUCUAUAAGACGUUUCCUCUUGGAUGCCAAUAAGACAUUCAGCAGAUGUCUUUGAGACGUUUAUGAUAAAUCUGAUCUUUUUAAGAUGUUCAGCAGAUGUUUAUUAGAUUGUGAUGCUCUCCAGAUGAAACGCUCUAAAACAGAGACAUACGUGUGAUAUCUGGGAAUUAGAUUUUUAUUAUUAAGAAUGGUUUACGAAUCAAAGGAAAUUAAUUAUUGUGUUUCAUGAAUGAGGCCCAAUUGGUUUUGCGAAGUAGAAGGUGAACAAAUAUUUUCGGUCACCUGUGUCAGUGUGUGAUGUUUGCAAUUUUUUUGAGGAAAUCAGGAUUUUUCCCCACCUGCACUAUUUUUGGUGCACAAGCACUGGAGUGUUUACAAUUUUCCCUCACAACUGUGACUAUGCGACACAUCUCUCUCUCUCUCCCUCGUUUCUGAGGUGAAAUCACGUCAUUUUCACGAGUCAAGCGCUGUGAACGGAUGGAACAUCUUCUGUGUGACGCACGGACUAACAGAACUCUCCCAUCGAGUUUCCACUUUUAGAAAUGGUUUUCUUGGAAUAUGACGUACUACAUGUGCUUGUAAUAAAGAUGAGAUUUUCAUUAGCUACUCCUUGAAGUGUGUGUGGCCCUCCAAUGAAAUCAACCCCUUUCAUUUAAUUCAGAACUACAUUUUUGAGCGACCAAGUGAAAGUGUGAUAUAUGUGCCCUAAACUAGACAGUCAGUGACUCUCAAUUCCAACACAUUUUUACCAAUGUUUGUUUAUUUAUCCCCUUUUUCUCCUCAAUUUGGAAUGCCCAAUUCCCACUACAUAGUAGGUCCUCGUGGUGGCACGGUUACUCGCCUCAAUCCGGGUGGUGGAGGACAAGUCUCAGUUGUCUCCGCUUCUGAGACCGUCAAUCUGCACAUCUUAUCACGUGACUCAUUGUGCAUGACACCGCGGAGACUCACAGCAUGUGGAGGCUCAUGCUACUCUCCACGAUCCACGCACAACUUACCACACGCCCCAUUGAGAGAGAACCACUAAUCACGACCACGAGAAGGUUACCCCAUGUGACUCUACCCUCCCUAGCAACCGGGCCAAUUUGGUUGCUUAGGAGACCUGGCUGGAGUCACUCAGCACACCCUGGAUUCGACUCCAGGUGUGGUAGUCAACAUCAAUACUCGCUGAGAUACCCAGACCCCUACAUUUUUACCAAUGUUAAAUUAUUACUGGAUAAGGAUUUUCAACAAUCAAUACAUAGAGUCACAAGAGCCAUUUCUAUCUAGUGGAAUAUUUUAAAUGUAUAUUAACUAUAGACUUUUCCAUGACUUUGAGCCCUAAAUUUGACUGUGGGAACCCAGGUGGAUUGUACAUAAUAUUUAAAUGUUUGCCUCAAUUAUUUAACAAAUUAUAUUUUCUUAACUCAUGUUGAUCCUAUUCUUGACAGAAUGAUAAACACUGCAAAAAUCACUCUUACAUUCAUCUUGUUUUAUAGGAAUAUGUUGUUUUUUUUUUUGGUUGCAGUUUAACAGGGAUGUCUCAGUGUCAGUAUUUAACCCUUGUGCGUCAAUAAACAAAAGUUACUCAGAGGUCCUUAGAGGACAAAAAUAUCCAAGUCAAAAAACUGCCAUAAUAUAUAUUAAUAUUAUUUUCC